AGCGGCCAUGGCAGCUCCGGAGCCGCUGUCCCCGGCGGGCGGCGCGGGCGAGGAGGCGCCGGACGAGGAUGAGGACGAGGCGGAGGCGGAGGACCCCGAGCGGCCGGCUGGAGCUGGCAGCGCGCGCAGCGGAGGCGUCGGUGGCGGCGGCGGCGGCGGCGGCGGCGGAGGAGGAGGAGGAGGAGGCUGCGGGGCCGCGGGCUGCGGCGGGCCGGGGGGCGCUCUCACCAGGCGCGCGGUCACGCUGAGGGUGCUCCUCAAAGACGCGCUGUUGGAGCCGGGCGCCGGGGUGCUGUCCAUCUACUACCUGGGGAAGAAGUUCAUGGGGGACCUGCAACCCGACGGGAGGAUCGUGUGGCAGGAAACAGGGCAGGUGUUCAACUCACCCAGCGCCUGGGCCACCCACUGCAAAAAGCUGGUGAACCCGGCCAAGAAGUCCGGCUGUGGCUGGGCCUCUGUCAAGUACAAGGGCCAGAAACUGGACAAGUACAAGGCAGCCUGGCUCCGGCGACACCAGCUCCACAUUCCCACCGCUGCUGCCGAUGAGAGCCCGCCUAGCGAAGGGGAGGAGGAGGAGCUGUUGAUGGAGGAAGAAGAGGAGGACGUUCUGGCAGGGGUCUCCACAGAGGACAAGAGUCGGAGACCACCUGCGAAGGGACCCUUGGAGCCUGCCCACCCAGAGGCCGUGCCCCCCGGGAAGCGGGUGGAAAACAAGAUCCGGGUGCCUGUGCGUUACUGCAUGUUGGGGAGUCGCGACUCUGCCAGGAACCCCCACACCCUGGUGGAAGUAACAUCCUUCGCUGCCAUCAACAAGUUCCAGCCGUUCAACGUGGCCAUCUCCAGCAACGUGCUGUUCCUGCUGGACUUCCACAGCCACCUGACUUGCAGCGAGGUCGUGGGGUACCUGGGGGGCCGCUGGGACAUCAACAGCCAGAUGCUCACGGUGCUGAGAGCCUUCCCCUGUCGGAGCCGGCUGGGGGACGCGGAUAUGGCCGCCACCAUGGAAGAGGAAAUCUACCAGAGCCUGCUCCUGCGGGGCCUGUCCCUGGUGGGCUGGUACCACAGCCACCCGCACAGCCCCGCGCUGCCAUCGCUGCAGGACAUCGACUCGCAGAUGGACUACCAGCUGCGCCUGCAAGGCUCCAGCAAUGGCUUCCAGCCCUGCCUCGCCCUGCUCUGCUCCCCUUACUACUCUGGCAAUCCCGGCCCGGAGUCCAAGAUCUCACCCUUCUGGGUGAUGCCGCCCCCUGAGAUGCUGCUGGUGGAGUUCUACAAGGGCGCCCCGGACCUCGUGAGGUUCCAGGAGCCCUGGAGCCAGGAGCACACGUACCUCGACAAGCUGAAGAUCUCCCUGGCCAGCAGGACACCCAAGGACCAGGGCCUGUGCCACGUGCUGGAGCAGGUCUACAGCCUUCUUAAACAAGGGAGCUGAGGCACCACCACCUCCGAGGGCCUCUCGGGCAGACUGAACCCCCAGUGGUUCCGGCUGAGGGGGAAUGGGUCUGGGGGCUUUGUUUGUGGCACAGAUAAUAAAGGGGACAAGCAAA